AUGGGAAAGUCGACGCGGAAAAAGUCGAAUCAAAAGGAAUGCACGUCGGAACAAAAGAGUAAAACGCAGGAGCAGAAGGAGAAAAAGCUGGAGCAAAAGGAGAGCUUGAAUCACCAGGAAAGAACGCCAGCACACGAAGAGUUGCCAGGACCAUCGAUGUCGCGGGAAGCUGAAGAGUUACCGGGACCAUCGACGUCGCGGGAAGCCGAAGGCUUACCGGGAUCAUCAACGUCGUGGGAAGCCGAAGAGUUACCGGGACCAUCGACGUCGCGGGAAGCCGAAGAGUUGCCGGGAGCGUCGACGUCGUGGGAAGCCCAAGAGUUGCUGGGAUCGUUGACGUUGUGGGAAGUCAAAGAGAUGCCGGAACCGUCGACGUCGAGGGAAGCCGAAGAGUUGCCGGGACCCUUGACGUCGCGGGAAACCAAAGAGUUGCCGAAGUCGUCGAUGUUGGGAAGAACGUUGGCAGAACUGGGGGGAGCGAGGAAAAAAGAGAAAAUUUCGGCUGCGUUCAGAGUAGUGGCGGCAGAGAUGGGG